AGCCGUGAAGAUUUUCAACGAAUACCAGAACUAGCGAUAAACCCCUUGGGUGACCGAAUUAUUAAUGCAUUUUUCUCUGAGGGAGAGGACCAAGUAAAUUUUCGUGGUUUUAUGAGGACACUAGCCCACUUCAGACCAAUCGAAGAUAAUGAGAAAUCCAAGGACCCGAGCAACCCAGAGCCUCUGAACAGCAGGAGCAACAAACUCUUGUUUGCUUUUAGAUUAUAUGACCUUGACAAAGAUGACAAAAUCUCACGUGAUGAGCUUUUACAGGUCCUGCGAAUGAUGGUUGGAGUGAACAUUUCUGAUGAACAGCUGGGAAGCAUUGCUGACCGUACAAUUCAAGAGGCAGACCAAGAUGGAGACUGUGCCAUUUCUUUUGCAGAGUUUGUUAAGGUAAGGUUCAAUUUCAAAGUGCCAUAA